AUGUGUCCCCGUGGCUACGGAGUCUCGAACAUUGCCUUUCGGCGUCUAGGGCCGGGCAAACUUGAUUGUAAACUUGCAAGAACGCCCGGUUGUCAGAUUCGCGUGGAGCCGGCCCUCUUCGAAUGGCUCGCUUGGUACACCGGCCGGAGACCCAACUUUCUGACGCCGGCCGAGCUCUGCUCUCACGGCUAUCCGGUAGACACGAACUACCGACCUGUGGGCACCUUCUCUGCCUCCGUUGCCACAUCAUUGUCCUCUUCUUAUGCCGUCGUGCCUCGUGUCCGCGACGCAGGCCUUCCGUCGUCCGCCGUCGAGACGUCCACCAUUUUGGUGUCUCCUCAUGAGACCAUCUGCCAAUACUACGAGCGCACGGAACAGUUGGCUCACGCACUGUUGGCGGUCCACACGGAACCAGGUGCUCAGUUUGUACACAAAAGCUGCUUUCACCGAUUGCAUUUCAUCUUUUCCCUUUCUCACUCUGUCGUGCACCAUUUUCUCUUCAACCAUUAA